AUGAAUGAGUUUAUUAACUCACUGACUAACGAUGGGGCCGAUCAGCAGCAGCUCAAGGUGGUAUCUGUUCUGGGAUCUGCUUGUCUUGGUAAAACUACAUUUGUUAGAGUGUUGUACAAAAGGAUUGGGUUGCAAUUUGAUUGCCGAGCUUUCAUUCGAGUGUCCAAAAACCCUGAUAUGAAGAAAAUUUUCUGGGAGAUGCUCUUGCAAUUAGAGCGGCAGCAGUGCCCACCACAAUAUUGUAAGGAGGUUGAUCUCAUUAACAUGAUAAAAAAUUAUCUACAAAGGUAUUUAAUUAUUAUUGAUGAUCUGUGGUCUGCAUCAGUAUGGGAUAUUAUCAAUCGUGCUCUUCCAAAGGGUAGUCAUGGAAGCAGAAUAAUAACCACUACACAGAUAGAGGAUGUUGCUUUCAGAUGUUGUCGUUAUCAGUCAGAGCUUGUUUUUGAGAUGAAACCCCUAGAUGAUGAUCACUCAAGAAAGCUAUUCUUUAACAAACUGUUUGGCUCUGAAAGUGAUUGCCCUGAACAGUACAAAGAGAUUUUAAAUGAAAUUGUUGAAAUAUGUGGUGGUUUGCCACUUGCAACAGUCAGCAUAGCUAGUCUUUUAGCAAGCCAGCCUGCCCUGACAAUUGAUCUAUUGACUUACAUCCGUCAGUCAUUGAGCUCUCUUUUCUCCGGGAAUCCUACCUCAGAAAGAACGAGACAAGCACUAAAACUUAGCUUCCACAAUCUUCCUCAAUGCUUGAAGACAUGUUUGCUUUAUCUUUGUAUGUAUCAAGAGGGCUACACAUUCUACAAGGAUGAUUUGGUGAAGCAAUGGAUGGCUGAAGGCUUCAUCGAUUCAACAGAAGGGCAAGAUGUGGAGAAAAUUGCAGAGAGCUAUCUCAAUCAACUUACCAGUAGAAGAUUCAUCCAGCCUAUACGUAUCAACUUCAACAAUGAGGUGGUGUCAUGUGCAGUUCAUGGUGUUGUGCAUGAUAUUAUCGUACAGAAGUCCGCAGAAGAGAAUUUUGUUGUUGCAAUAGACUGCAAUGAAGAGAAUGUAGAUCUUUAUCACAAGGCCCGUCGACUCACUCUCUUUGGCAAUCCAAGAUAUGCCAAGACACCAACAAGAAGCAUCAUAGAGUCACAAGUUCGAUCACUCGCUUUUUUUGGAUUAUUUGAGUCUAUGCCUAGUAUUACAGAAUUCAAGUUUCUUCGUGUUCUAAACCUUCACAUAUCUGGUUAUGGGACCUCAGUGUGA